CUGACGAGUAUACCAAUUUUUUUCGUGUCAAUAUUAUUUUUUUUUGUUGCUGGAAACAACCGAAGAGCAAAAAUUUUGUGAACAUUUAAAAAUACUUCAAAUUAACCAAGCACGAUGGACGUGGCGAGGACAUACUCCAUACACACGCUGUGUCGCAUUUGCCUGAAUCUCUUGCAGAACGAUGCUGCCUACGAUUUGUAUCUGGUGCCUGGCCUAGCCAAAAAACUUUGCCUGUGCACCUCGCUGUCUGUUGAGCAAAACGAUGGCUUUCCGAAGAACUUGUGCACUAAUUGCUAUGCCCGGCUUAACGAUAUGCACGAUUUUCAAAAACUAUGCGUGGACUCUGUACAAAAGUUUCAAGAUAUGGUCGCCAGCAACGCCUUCACUUGUCAAUCGAACUUUGACGUAUUGGAUCCGAGCGUCUCGGCGCACGACAUGCCCAACGAGGAUGAUGAGCACAUUAACUUUGAUCCGCUGCUGAACCACAAAAUGGAGCUAAUCGAAAACGAAGAAGAUGUGUUCAAGAUGCUAGAGGAUGUCGACAAGGAGGCCGAGGAAGUCGAAAAGGAAGUCAAAGAAAAUAAGAGAGAGAUCAAAGAGCCCAUUACAGUAAACAUGUACAACGAGGACUCGUCUUCCAUUGAGAGCGGCAACGACAACGACAGGGACGUAGACUUUGAGCCAAACAGCAGCGACGACGACAUUCCCCUAGCACAGCGCAUGCGGGGCAAAGCCAAAAGCACAAGAGCAGCCAAGUCCAAGCCUAAAAAGAAAAGGCCCCUUGAUGGCGACGACGAUAUGGAUUUCAGUACAUCUUCAUCCUCAGAUGAUGACUACGACGACGACGGUGAACCUGGCUCAAGGCGCGGAUCAAAGGAAAAGCCCAAACGCAAGCGCAUUCCUGCUGCCGAGCGGCAUUUGCAUCGCAUCAUCGAUUGUCAUAUUUGCCAUCAGAAAUUUAAGAAGGCGAUUCGCUACGAGGAACACAUGAAGUACCACAACGAUUUGUUGCCAUUCCAAUGCAAAGUGGAGAGCUGCAAAAAGGGCUUCACCACCGCCAACGGACUGCGCAUACAUGUUGAUCACGCGCACACCGAACUUUCCGAGGUGCAUGCCUGCAGUUUUGAGGGCUGCGGCAAGACAUUCCCACGCGUGCGUCUGCUCACCUUCCACAUGAAAAAGGCGCACAACAUUUCCAAGUCUGCGGCUCCAUUGCGCGACUUCCCCUGCACAGAGUGCAACACCGUGUUCCGUUGUCCGACUGCGCUCAAAAAGCAUAUGUACAAGCACACGGGCGAGGAGCUUCCGUAUCCAUGCAACAUAUGCGGCAAACGGUUCGUAAUCAACAGCGCACUCAGGGAUCACUUGAUGCGGCACGCAGGCAUUAAGAACCACGUAUGCCCCUACUGCGGCGUGGGCAAGACCACACGCCAAGAAUGGAACGCCCACAUUCUGACGCACACCAAGGAAAAGAAGUUCAAGUGCCGCCAGUGCGACCAUGCCUCCCACAACAAACAGGCUCUGUCCAACCACGUCAAAGUGGUCCACAUGAAGAUCAAGAACUUUGCCUGCCAGUAUUGCGGCAAGACCUUUGGAAAAUCGCACGCCUGCAAAGUGCACGAGAGAACACACACUGGCGAGAAGUGUUGCGAGUGCAAGAUCUGUGGCAAGAUAUUCCUUUGCGAGAAGAGUUUAACGAAGCAUUUGAAGACACAUGAAAAACGUGAUCUGCCGCCAGUGGAAACGCAUCGUCCGCUUAACAUUCCGCUGCCUGGUGUCCAAAUACCCAGCCAUAUGCAGCCCGAUGGAAUGAUGCCUCCGAAUGUAGCCGAUGAUUUGCUAAAGGCUUGUGGCGGCGGGCCCGCGACAGGAGCAGCAGCAGCAAAUAAACCGAAAAAUUCACGGCGCGUUCAGCGUGUGGAUAUAUCUCAACUGGCGGGCACCUCUGUUAAUCCAAUACCAUCGGUAUCGGUGCCAUCCUGGUCGCCCCAGGUCAACUUUACCAAGAAGGAAGGCCAGCACAUUUGUCCCGGCUGUGGUCGAGGCUUUAACAAUAUUGGCAACAUGAAACUUCACUAUAAGAUAAUACACGAGAAGGUGAAGGAUUUCGCCUGUCGCUUCUGUCCGAAGCGUUUUUCAAAGGCACAAAUCUUGCGGCAUCAUGAAUGGAUUCACACCGGCGAGAAACCAUUUGAAUGCAAGAUUUGCGGCAAACAUUUCCGUCAGGAAACGGCGCUGAAGAAGCAUAUUAAGACACACGACAAGCCCAAUAGGCGCGUAUAUCCAGAGAAAGAAGAAGUGCAGCCUACCUUCCACAAGAUCGAGCCGCGGGAGAUCGAUCGCGAGCCAAGAAAUUAUGAUCAGUAUCAAGAUCCGGCCGCAGAGCGAGCUGCGGCUACAGCUGAGCUCCUUGCCCAUCAGAUUGAGGAGAACGAGGCGAAGCGCAAGGCAGACAUCGAACGACGGAAGAUUCAAGAGGCAGCUUGCGAGCAGCUGAACAAGCUACAAAAGCAGCAGGAGAUUGAGAAAGCGACCACGUCCUAUGACGGCUACUAUGCACAAAAGGCUCAAGCUGAGGGCCUCACUGUGGACGCGCUUAAAAUAGAUCAUGUAUAAAUCGGAACGCUCCUCAGUCUUAUAAGAAACUAUGAUCUAUACCCUCGAAUUGCUCUAAAAUUGCUUAUUGUGGCAUGAACACAGUAACUCACAUGUAUUUUACAACAAUAUUAAUUUUACCAUACAUUUAUAAAUACAUAUGUAUUUUUGUUGUCUA